AUGGCUCACACACUAGUGUCGUUGCAUGCUUCCCAGUUUGCCCAGGACCUUCAAGAAGCUCACACCCCAUCCCCCUCCUCUUUCCCAUUCUUUGGGACACCUACUGAACAGUUGCAAUUCGUCGAAGGACAUCUAGCAACUCUUGCAGCUGGAGGUCUCAAUAGACCUGCUGAAGAAGAGCUCUUCAGAGAAUAUAUUGGACUUGCAGAGACUCUGCGGGAGUCAAUCCGAUUAGGAGAACAGGAUUCGGAAGUAGCAGAAGAAGUACAGGCAAGCGAGUCGCCUAUCCCCUCAUCACCUCGACAACCCAUACCCACACAGUGGUUCUUACGACGUAUCGCGGACUCUCCUGAUUUAAUAGAAAUCUCGAGGAGUCAAUACAAAGAAGAAGAACUCUGGCGUAGAGUAGGAGGACCAGAAGCUGAAUUUAUUCUAGCUGCGGUCCAGCACAAUCUGAUCAGUGGAGUAGUCGAGCGGGCUCAAACAGAAGAAUCAGGCGGCGACCCGAAUGACUUUGACUUGAGUGCCGCACCAGCAAUAUCACUUUUCGCCAACGAGAUAGCGAGGUCAGCAGCACCUCCCUAUUCGCCACCACCACCAGCCUAUAUCCCAGCACCCCCCACCUACGAAGACAAUCGUCUUCACCCCGAUUUUCUAGGACUUGCAGAAGGCCUUGAAGAAACACGGGAGCAAGAAGAAGAUUCUCUAGAAUAUGUGGAAAGUACCGGAGAAAUAGCGGAGGAACCAAUAGCCUCCUCAGCCGUAAUCAGCAGCGAGUCUAGUACCUUUCCCUCCUUGGCUGCAAAGCAGGAGGAUGACUCUUAG